AUGGUCGGUUCCCUGUCUCUCUUCUCAGUCAAUGCCGUCCUGCUCAUGUCGGCUGAUGAUGGAUCUCGCAUCUUCGCCAAAUACUACUCCCCGCCUCAUCCCCCAGCUGGUGCUGCCCCCAAUUCAACAGAUUACCCCGGCGCCAACCCCUACCCGACACUGAAGGAUCAAAAGGCCUUCGAGCAGGGUCUCCUCGAGAAGACCAACAAGCAGACCAGUGAUGUGAUCCUCUACGACAACCGGGUCGUUGUCUUCAAGAUGGAGAGCGACGUUAUGAUCUACGUGGUCGGGGGCGCCGAGGAGAACGAGGUUUUGCUGUACAAUGUUGUUUUAUCAUUGCGGGAUGCUCUGGGCAUCUUGUUCAAGGGCGCCACCGACAAACGCACAAUCGUCGAGAACUACGACCUGGUCGCGCUGGCUAUUGACGAAAUCAUUGACGAUGGUAUCAUUCUUGAGACGGACCCUGUCAUGGUUGCUUCGCGUGUCAGCCGUGCCCCAGCACCGGAUGCACCAAACCUGAAGAGCAUCGAUUUGUCGGAGCAAGGUCUACUCAAUGCUUGGGAGCUGGGAAAGAGGCGUUUGGCGGAGGGAUUACGGCAGAUGUAA